UUUCUUGCAUCUUUCCUACCAAAGAGUUAGAGAAGACAACGUUGCCCGUUCAAGAUUCACUAACGAUCCAAUACGAACCCCUGAAUCACUCGUCAAUCGUGCUCGGCAUUUCGUUUUCAAGAUCCGGCGCCGGUUGGGUUGGAUCUGAAUCGAGAUACCCAAGUAACGAUUGACGAGUCCUUUCAUGGGUCGGUGUUCUUCAAGAUUCAAAUCCAUUCUUUCUUUGCCUCGGCCUCGGAUUGCAGGUAACGAAUUCGAGUUCCAUCUUUCUCGUUCUUGGACUUGGGCAGCUUCCCAUUUGCGUGGAGUGAGUUCUUCGGAUCCCUGCUGUUCUUGGAGGGUUUCUGUGUCGUGUUCUUGGGGCGGUACCCCCAAGGCUGAACUGGGUCUGUCUUACACAUUGCUAUGAAUUCCGAAAAUCUAAACCAGACUGCAAAUUUUACCUGGAAGAAGUUGAAACUUGAGGUGGGGGAUAGCCACAAAUGAUCUGCGGUUCUUAUACAGCAACUCCGUUCGAUGCAACCGUUGCUGGGUAGCUCUUGAUGACUGAAAUUUUUUUCCUUUUCCAAAUGGUUUCGAUAUGGAGCACGAUCCCGGUGUAGGUUGUGAUUGUCUCUUACUCUGCCCAGUCCGCCUUCCCUCCCCCUCUUACAUAUUUGGGAGGCGGUUGACACAAUUCUUGUUGCUUAAUAUCUUUCCUGGAAAAUUGACAAGCUCUGAAUUCUUUACCAUCAGAGAUUCAUGCUUGCUCCUAUCAUGAAUCUGCAGGUGCAUUGCCUUGUCUGUGUUGCAUAAAGUAAACAUUGAAACGAAAGGGGAAAAAGAUUGGAUGCGCGAUGUAUUGAUUUACCAUGAAGGCCAUUCAGGCAUUUGUCUGCAUUUUGAUGCAGUUGAAAAUCAUAUAAUUGGAAAAGAUGCAACUUCAAGAGUAGGAAGAAUCGUGACAGGCGUGAGACUUUAUAGUUUUAGCUCGCAUUUGAUGUUUUUUUGCCCUGAGUGCAGAAUUCGUUUGGACUAAUGAGGGAAUCACUUCCCCAAGUGCUGCAACUGGCCAGCCUUUGUAAUUUACCUCGGAAGAUGGCUUACUGGGAAAUGGUUAGCAUGACAAUAAUGUUGGUAAUGAAUAUAUUUCAUCACAUAGCAACACUUUUCUAAACACCCAAACCGUUGGAAGUUUGAACUGAAGCUGAUUGGUUUAAAUGGUGCUUAUGUGUUGAUUUGUAGGAGCGCUCCAUCAAGGUCAUAUAUAUCUUCAUCAUGAAACUAAGUGUGCUCCUUUUUUGUUUGGUCGGGAGCACACUUAGUUUCGGGAUUAAGAUAUAUAUGACCUUGACGUAGUGCUCCUAUUAUGCAGUUAAAUAUUCGAAAGAAUAAGAACUGAGCAUAAAUAACUAGCACUUUUGAUUACUUCAGUCCUCCUAAAAAUUUUACUAGAACUCCUAAUAGAUAAAUACCAUCGCCAAUGGAAGUUUAACAGGAAGUAAUGCAAGAGGGAGCUGAAGACCUUGCUUUUAGCUAUGGACCUUGAGGGAAUGACUUUUGACUAGUUAGUGUGAUGGUAGGGUCGGAAGAAGAAGUAAACUUUUCAAAGAAGUUUUGAAACUUGGAGAACAAGUCUGAAAUUUUCGGUGAGAACAGUUUUUUUCUCCUUUCUUUACCAUUUUAGUGGCAAUUCUUUAUGUCUUUACUAUAACUUUUUGUUUGUAUGCAAAUGCUUUUCUGAUGGACUUUUCAUUUGUUUGUUUUUUUCCUGAGCCAUGGACAUUUUAUUUGUUAAUAUGAGUCAAAACAAGUGGGAAAAAAUUAAGAUGUUUCUUUUCCCUCCUUCCCUUUACCACCUCAGUCCUUGUUGAUUUUGAGGGGACAUAACAAUCAUGAAGAAUCUCACAUCGAGAUUGCUUUGGAUGAUUGACUACAUGGUUUGGAAAAUUGAAAAAUAGAAGUGUCUUUUGUAGAUUAUUCAGAAUUCACCAUUUAUUAAUGGGAUACUCCUAUGUAUUUGUAUGGGGUCUUUCUAUAGUCCUCCAACCAUGACUGAUUUUGCUUGGGAAGUUAGUACCUCGAUAAUCGAAGUUACUAACGCUAGUUAUUGCACAAAAUGAGGAAAUUGCCAUGAUAUUGAGAAGGUUAUUAUCAUGGAUUACUGUUUUGUAUCAUUUUGCACGGCACUAUAGACAUACCCAUUGGUAUGACUCAAGAGGAAAAAGCAGCUAUCCAUUGAUAUGCACAGUCACAGGACAGAGGUUAAGAUGUGGGAUCCACCAAACAGUCAAACAACUUCCUAGCCAAGCUCACAGCAUCUCUAUUAUAAAUAAGAAUGGAUAGAACUCCGAUGGAAAGUGUAGAAAUUUCAUUAGUCAAUAUGCCGGUGGGAUUCCGAUUCAGACCAACAGAUGAGGAACUCGUCAAUCAAUACUUGAAGUUGAAGAAACUUGGCAACAAAACGGUUGAACAGAUAAUACCCGAGGUUGAUGUCCAUCAAUUGCCACCUUGGGAUUUACCUGGCAAGAUAAAUGAAUUAUCAAGGAUAAAGUCAGAUGGUGAUGAAUGGUUCUUCUUCUGCCGUCUGCAAAAUAAGUACCCUCAAAGUAAACGGGCGAGAAGGACAAAUGAUUAUGGCUCUUGGAAGCCAACUGGCAAAACUCACAAAAUCAGGACACAAGACAAAAAGAUUAUAUUAGGCUUGAAGAAAAUUUUGGUUUUCAAAAUACGUCAAAGUCCCAAAAAUGCCCAUACCAAAUGGGUACUGCAUGAAUACUACUUAAAUGCUGAUGUUACAGACAACGUCCUCAAUGACCAGAGUGACUUCGUUCUUUACCGCUUGAAGAAAAACCCUGAUAAGACGGGUAAGAAAAAUUCAAAGACUCAGAAGACCAACACAGGUAUCUCUAUUAUGCCUCAAGAAGGCAGCAGAAGUAGCCCUAACACGCUUGAUGAAGUCAACAACACAAGUAUCUCUAUUAUGCCUCAAGAAGGCAGCAGAAGUAGCUGUAACACCCCUGAUGAAGUCAACAACACAAGUUGCUCCAAUGCAUUAGCAACUGCCAAAAGCAUCGUAUCCGAAGAGAUUCCGAAGGAAUCUUUAAAAGAAAAUUUACAGCAACCACCGACGCCAAUUCUCUCACCAGAAUGCAACUCAUCACAAUGUGAUUUCUCUGCAACUCCACUGCCACCCACAGCAACUGGAGAGCAAUUUACUCAUGAUUCGGUGUAUCAGGAUUUGGAGUCUUAUUUUGCUGAAACUGAAGAACUCCAAGAGUUAUUGGAUAUGUUAAACUCGUAAGCUGGUUCUAGUAUAAACACUCUUCUGAAGAAAGCAUUAUAUAAACUUUUUGUGGCUGGGUAAUUUGUGUACAUCCACUGGCCUGGAAGCUCACUCUUUUUUUUUUUGGUCGAAGGAAGCACACUCUUUAAGUGCUGAUAGAGUAUGCCCAUGUUGUGUCGCAGGAAAAGAUUUUCCUUGUGGAAAACAAUGUACAUGGAUCAAAUGCAUUCGUUGAUCCAUGUACAUUAUUUGCUUAAUGAGUUUUUAUUCCAAGCUGCUUAA